UGUUCUAAGCUUGUUUAGUUCGUUCGAUGUGUAUCCAUACUUUUUCACCAAGAACAAAAAAUUUGCAUUAAAUUUGUUGGAAAAAAAUAAACUAUCACAAAUAAUUAAUAAAACAUUUUUUUAGAUAUAAAAUUUAUAAUAACCAAUUUAUUAAAAUGGAUGUGAAAUCAUUUUUACAUGAAUGGUGUGCAAAACAGAAAACGGAGCCGGUAUUUAAUAUUCGCCCGACAGGGCCAAAACAUCGUCAGCGCUUUUUGUGUGAAGUACGUGUAAAUUCGUAUCCGUAUGUGGCGGCAGGUAAUUCAACUAAUAAAAAGGAUGCAGAGAAAAAUGCUUCUCGCGAUUUUCUCAAUUAUCUUGUAAGAACCAACAAGAUAAAACCUUCUGAUGUUCCUGCCGAUGUAGGUGUAUCUACCACCGAUACUGGAGGCUCUGCAGGCGAUAAUGCACAGCGGCCACAAGUUUUUGAAGGUGGAAUGGGUCCACAAGAUUUGGGACGAGCUUAUCGUCCCUUAAAUCGCAAUAAUAGAGACGGUGAUACUUUUUUCGACCAAGCACAACAGCAAGAGGAAAUGAAAGAAGCUGAAUCAUUCGAUGUCAAUGCAGCUAUACAUGGAAAUUGGACAAUUGAAAAUGCUAAGGCCAAAUUACAUCAGUUCAUGCAAAUGAAUAAAAUAACUGCUGACUAUAAGUAUACCCCAGUUGGUCCCGAUCAUUCUAGGAGUUUUAUGGCAGAAUUGAAUCUAUAUGUGAAAGUACUCAGACGCAAUAUUACAGCACGUGAAACGGGAUCCAAUAAGCAAUCAGCUAGCAAAUCUUGUGCAUUAUCCUUAGUGCGGCAGCUCUUCCAUUUGGGCGUUAUAGAAGCUUUCUCUGGUACUCUUAAGAAAAGAAAGGAUGAUGAGGAAUUAAAACCAUAUCCAGUUAAAAUAAAUCCUGAACUGAUGAAAAACGUUCAGGAAGUGAUUGAUGGGUUAAACUUAAAAACCAUGAAGACUGACAACGUUAAAUUUGAGCCCGAAUCAAGUGGAUUUAGUUUAUCUAUCAAUAAUGUUCCCGAACAUGGUCAGCUUCAAAAUAUUGAUCAAGAUACUUCAGGUUCUGUUAUACCAUGGGCCCCUCCUCAGCCAAAUUGGAACGCUUGGACUGCAAGCAAUAUUGAUGAAGGCUAUUUGGCAACAGCUUCACUUGAUGACCUAUCUUAUGACUUAGAAAAUGAUCAGAAAAAUAAACGUCUUAAUAACGUUCAAUAUCAAGAAUUUGUACAGUUUCGGAAUAACUUACCAAUUUCAUCUAUGCGUGACAAAAUCAUGGAAACAAUUAAUGAUAAUCCGGUUGUGAUUAUACGUGGAAACACUGGUUGCGGUAAAACUACCCAGAUAGCCCAAUACAUUUUAGAGGAUUAUAUUGGUUCCGGACAAGGUGCUUUGUGUAAUAUAUACAUAACUCAGCCACGUCGUAUAUCUGCAAUAUCCGUAGCUGAGCGUAUUGCAAUCGAACGCUCUGAAAACUUAGGAGAAUCAGUUGGAUAUUCAGUACGCUUUGAAACAACCAUGCCCCGUGCCUAUGGUAGCAUACUUUUCUGCACUGUGGGUGUAUUGUUACGUAAAUUGGAAGCAGGCUUGCGUGGUAUAUCGCAUAUCAUUGUCGAUGAAAUACAUGAACGGGAUGUGAAUAGCGAUUUUUUAUUAGUUAUUUUACGUGAUAUGGUACAUACUUAUCCUGAAAUCCGUGUUAUUCUUAUGUCUGCUACUAUAGACACUACAUUAUUUUCCGAUUAUUUUGGAAAAUGUCCCAUUAUUGAAGUUCCCGGUCGAGCAUUUCCGGUGCAACAAUACUUUUUAGAGGAUUGUAUAGAAAUGACCAGGUUUGUACCCUCGCCUGAGUCGAAGAAAAAUCGGAAGGAUCGUGAUGAAGAAGAUGUUGCAGGAAAUAGCGGGGAGGGUACAGAACAAAAUUUAAACAAAGUCUGUGAUCAAAAAUAUUCCCAGCAAACAAGAAAUACAAUGGCGUUAUUAUCAGAAUCGGAAUGUCCCUUUGAACUUAUUGAAGCCCUUUUAUUAUGUAUUAAGUCAAAGAAUAUCCCUGGCGCAGUGUUAAUAUUUCUACCUGGAUGGAAUUUGAUAUUUGCUUUAAUGAAGUAUUUACAAAAUACGCAAUUCGGCGGUCCCGAAUUUCGUAUUCUGCCAUGUCAUUCGCAGAUUCCGAGAGAAGAACAAAGAAAAGUAUUCGAACCUGUUCCAAAUGGCGUUACUAAGAUUAUCCUUUCAACAAAUAUAGCGGAAACUUCUAUCACCAUAGAUGACAUAGUUUUCGUGAUCGAUAUGUGUAAAGCACGUUUAAAGAUGUUUACUUCUCACAACAAUCUUACUAGUUACGCCACUGUCUGGGCGAGCAAAACAAACUUAGAACAGCGUAAAGGUCGAGCAGGUCGCGUUCGUCCAGGAUUUUGCUUUACUCUAUGUUCCAGAGCACGUUUUGAAAAACUAGAUGAACAACUUACCCCCGAAAUGUUCCGCACUCCACUACAUGAAUUAGCACUGUCUAUAAAACUAUUACGUUUGGGCUCGAUACGUCAUUUUCUAUCAAAAGCAUUGGAACCUCCGCCGUUAGAUGCUGUGAUUGAAGCAGAGGUUUUAUUAAGAGAUAUGCGUUGUUUAAACAAUAAAGACGAUCUUACAAGCUUAGGGCGUAUACUUGCGCGUUUGCCGAUUGAACCACGGCUUGGAAAAAUGCUAAUACUUAGUACUGUUUUCGAUUGCGCAGACGUAUCUAGUAGUAUGGCAUCGUAUUCAAGCACUUUUUCGGAAAUAUUUGCAUUAGAUAUCGGUCAACGGCGUUUGGCCAAUCACCAGAAAGCGCUGAGUGGACGCAAAUGUUCAGAUCAUGUUGCUAUGAUUGUAGCAUCACAAAUGUGGCAAAAUGCCAAAAAUCGCGGCGAAAGUGAAGAAAUACGUUUUUGCGAAUACAAGGGCUUACAGUUAUCGACAAUGGUGAUUAUGGCUGAAGCUAAGAAUCAAUUAUUAGAUUUGCUACAGCAAACAGGUUUUCCAGAAGAAAGUAUGAUGUCAUACAAAGUCGAUGCUAAUGCAGAAGAUGACAUGAAAUUAGAUAUGGCAACUGCUUUACUUUGUCUUGGACUAUAUCCAAAUGUUUGUUACCAUAAAGAAAAACGUAAGGUCUUAACAACGGAAUCUAAGGCAGCUUUAUUUCAUAAGACGUCGGUAAAUUGUAGUAAUUUGGCGGUUACGUUCCCCUAUCCAUUUUUUAUAUUCGGCGAGAAGAUAAGAACUCGUGCAGUAUCAUGCAAACAGAUGACUAUGGUGUCGCCACUGCAUCUUUUCUUGUUUGGAAGUCGCAAAAUUGAUUACGUAAGCAACAAUGUAGUUAGACUAGAUAAUUGGUUAAAUUUUGAAAUAAACCCACAAUAUGCUGCUAUGUUAGCUGCACUGAAACCAGCAAUAGAGGAUCUUGUAUCUCUUGCAUGUGACCAGCCUGAUGAGAUUCUACAAUUGGAUCCGGAACAUUCAAAACUAGUGCAGGUAAUUAAGGAUCUUUGCGUUAUGACUGCGGGCGAUUAUAACAUAAAGCGAGAAGAAGGUAUUAUGCCGUUUCAAAGCCGUGGGAAUUUUAGUAGUCGUGGUGGUGGCGAUAGUUUUUCUGCAGCAAAACGUGGACGUAUGGAUUCCAGACUAUCAUCAUUCAAUAAUAAUGGUGAUAAUUAUACAGGUGGAAAUUACAUGGGUGGAAACUACACGAGUGGUGGCAGUGGAGGGUAUUAUCGUGGAACUAAUAAAUGGGGUCAUUAUGGACGAGGUAGAAAUCGCAGAAUCUAAAUACUUAAAUACAUUAAUUUCAUUUUUGCUAAUAUAAACACAUCUAAAUUGUAAUCUAUAUAAAUAAUUGUUUUGUGCUUAAAAAAA